CUUAUCACCGGCAUGAUUAUCGCCUUGAGCCACAUAGCAACAGACCUCGCGUUAUCAAAACAAAUAAAUAGAGGGCAUAACGGAAGAAAGGCAUUGCCGUGUGUUGAGUAAAGGAACAAGCAAGUUUCGUCAGCCAGCAAAAUGACGUGGAAAGUGCUGCUCGUGACGCUUUCUAUGGCGGUGAACCUCUCCGCCGGAGGCUUUCCUUAUGUGGAACCUACUGAGGGGGACGUAUGGCCACGCCCUCAGAUGAUGCAGCAAGAAGAGACUUACAUGCUUGUCAGACCAAGCACCUUCAAAUUCAGCGUCACGGGGAAGGACUGCGACAUCCUGCAGGAGGCGCUCGAAAGAUACAUUGGAAUCAUGUUCCGUUCUACAUCCUACAAAAAUCCUGAAAGCAGCUGGAGAAGAGGCCAGGAUCUCCGCGGUUACCUGGAUACCGUCAGCGUCAACCUCAUGAACCCUUGCGAGGAAUAUCCUCACCAGGAUAUGGAUGAGCAAUAUGAGAUCAAGAUCGACAGCCCUGAUCAACCUGCAUCUGGGACCAUCAUAGCUCAGAGCGUGUGGGGCAUCCUGAGAGGUCUGGAGUCCUUCUCGCAGCUUCUUGUACCCGACGGAUCGGAAUACAGGGUGAAAUCAACGCAGAUCCACGACUUUCCCAGAUUCAAUUUCAGAGGCUUCAUGCUGGACACUGCCCGCCAUUAUUUGCCAGUAGGGAAGAUUCUGGAAAAUCUGGAUCUGAUGGCCACGAACAAGUUCAACGUGUUCCACUGGCAUUUGGUAGAUGACCAGAGCUUCCCUUACGAAAGUGCGGUCUUCCCUGACCUCAGUAAGGAGGGCUCAUUCUCACCCAUACACAUUUACACCAAAGAAAAUAUAUCUGACGUUGUGGAAUACGCACGGCUGAGAGGAAUAAGAGUUCUGCCAGAAUUCGAUACACCAGGUCACACGAUGGCAUGGGGUCUGGGACAACCAGGCCUCCUCACAACUUGUUACGAAGGCGGAAAGCCUGAUGGCUCCUACGGCCCAAUUGACCCGACAAAGGAAGAGAACUACGAUUUCCUGAGGAGUCUCUUCACCGAGGUCACCGAUCGUUUCCAUGACCACUACAUCCACCUCGGCGGGGACGAGGUAGACUUUAACUGCUGGAAGAGCAACCCGAACGUCACAGAGUUCAUGGAGAAAACGAAUAUCACCGGAGACUAUAGGAAGUUGGAAAGCGUCUACAUUACAAAACUCAUUGAACUGGUUUCUCACUUACCGACGAAAAAUGGAUACCUAGUAUGGCAAGAAGUUUUCGACAACGGGGUAGAUGUUGCUGACGACACCAUCAUCCACAUCUGGAAGAGCAGAACUCUUCCAGAGGGAUGGAAGGAAGAGCUCACAAAGGUCACCAAAGCGGGAUACAAGACCGUGCUCUCGUCCUGCUGGUACCUGAACGACAUCAGCUACGGCCAAGACUGGAUAAAAUACUACGAAUGUGAUCCUCAAGAUUUUGAUGGUACGGAAGAUCAAAAGAGUCUGGUCAUGGGAGGCGAAGCUUGUAUGUGGGGAGAGUACGUAGAUGGCACGAACCUCAUCCCGAGGACGUGGCCCCGCGCCUCCGUGGUGGCCGAGAAACUGUGGAGUUCAGCUGCUCACACCAACAGCACCUCAGCAGCUGAGCCAAGGCUGGAGGAGCACCGCUGCAGGCUCCUCGACAGAGGCUACAGGGUCGAACCCCUUUGGCCGUCUUACUGUAUGUCGGAUGUUGACUUGUAAAGUCGUGUUGGCCAGAAUUGUCGGGAACUUAGAAAUCUGAUGGGUUUAGAUUAUGUCCUACAUUAUAUUAAGUUUUGAUAUGGAAUAUCAGCUCUAUCUUAUGCGUAACUACUAGUUUAUGCUGAGAUGUAGAUGGGUAAGUUCUCUUAGAUUUGUAUUGCUAUCUCCCUAAUCUAUUUAUGAGGGUUGCUUAUUAAAAAGUAAAAAAUAAAUAUUUUAA